UGCCGGUGGACUCAUGAUUGCAUGCAGAAACAAAUGCUGGGUAGGUGGACAGGGUGACCAGAGUGACAGCAAGCCGUGUUUCGGUCGGCGCACCUUCCCCGCAAAGACCCCCGAGGCGCGACUUCAUCAUUGGCGGUCACCCAAGUCAAUUGCAAUUACAUAGCUACACACAGCAUAUCCAAUCAUGUCAUCAACACAGAUUGCCUCCUCCUUCGUCGAGGACGCUCCCCCAGGCGAGCUGUCCAAUGUCAUCACCGACAUCAAGGCUCUGACCCCAUCUGAGUCCAAUUUGGUCUCUCAACUCUCCCCUGCCAUCACCAAAUACCACGAGACGCAAUUCAGCACAGUCAAGCUGCCGGGCAGCAGCAGCAGCGUUCUGGUCAGCCCGUACAAUAGCUUGGGCAACAACCGCUACUAUGACAGCGCUAGCAACACAGCCUUCGACUUCGAUCCCGUCGAGCAAAAAGCCACCAACGCACAAAGUCACUCCCUCGACAGCCAGAACGCCGAUCAGAUCCAGAAGCUGUACAAAGGUCUCCGUGCCCACGCCGAUGAACACUACCCAGCUGCCACUGUCGGGGUCUUUCCCGCCGAGAGCGACAGCAAGAUUGCCCUUGUACUCGUGAGCAACAAGUACAGCCCCAACAACUUCUGGAACGGUCGCUGGCGCGCGCACUACCUCUUCUCCCCCACAAGCUCAUCUCUCUCCGGCGCCAUCAACAUUGACGUCCACUACUUCGAAGACGGCAAUGUCCGCCUGCAAACAUCCAAACCCAUCUCCAUCUCCAACGCCAGCGAUGCCGUUCGCGACAUCGCAAAGGCCGAAAAGACCUAUCAGACAGAGGUCAACCAGGCUUUCACAAAACUCAACGAGGGUGCUUUCAAGGGCCUGCGAAGACAGCUUCCCGUUACUCGCCAGAAGGUCGAGUGGGAAAAGAUCAGUGGCUACAGGCUGGGCCAAGAUAUCGGUGGUGGUCGCUCAAGAUAG